GGCACCGAAUUGUAAUUUUGCACACAGAACUAAAUCACAGUACAAUACAAUACUAUAGAUACAAUCACAAAAUACAUACACGCGAGUAGAUCCACCGGCACUUUCAUUCUCUCUUUAAUUACCCCCUUCCGAUCUACACACCAAAUGCACCUCUCUCUCUUAUCCUACACCUCCUCUUUGCUUAUCCUGCGCUCACUUCACCGCCGGCAAACAAUCCUCGCCGCGGUGAUCUACUAAUCUCAGAUCUCAGGCGAUUGAUUAGAGGAAGCGAUGUUGACGAAAUUCGAGACGAAGAGUAAUCGAGUGAAGGGACUGAGUUUUCAUAACAAGAGGCCAUGGAUCUUAGCGAGCUUGCAUAGUGGAGUGAUUCAGCUUUGGGAUUACCGUGUGGGAACGCUGAUUGAUCGCUUUGAUGAGCACGAUGGACCUGUUCGCGGCGUCCAUUUCCAUAAUUCUCAGCCGCUUUUUGUCUCUGGAGGAGAUGAUUACAAGAUCAAGGUGUGGAAUUAUAAAUUGCAUAGGUGUCUGUUUACCCUUCUUGGACAUCUAGAUUACAUCCGUACAGUCCAAUUCCAUCAUGAGUAUCCUUGGAUCGUGAGUGCUAGCGAUGAUCAGACUAUUAGGAUCUGGAAUUGGCAGUCGCGUACUUGUAUUUCUGUGUUGACAGGACAUAACCAUUAUGUUAUGUGUGCUCUGUUUCAUCCCAAGGAGGACCUUGUAGUAUCAGCUUCUUUGGAUCAGACUGUUCGAGUUUGGGAUAUUGGUGCUCUUAGGAAGAAGACUGUUUCACCUGCUGAUGACAUCCUUAGGUUGAGUCAGAUGAAUACAGACUUUUUUGGCGGCGUUGAUGCUGUUGUUAAGUAUGUCCUGGAAGGUCAUGAUCGAGGAGUCAACUGGGCUUCAUUCCAUCCUACUCUCCCCCUCAUUGUUUCUGGAGCAGAUGAUCGUCAGGUUAAGAUCUGGAGAAUGAAUGAUACUAAGGCUUGGGAAGUUGAUACUUUAAGAGGGCACAUGAACAAUGUGUCCUGUGUUCUGUUCCAUGCAAGGCAGGAUAUUAUUGUUUCAAAUUCAGAGGAUAAGAGUAUCCGUGUGUGGGAUUCUACAAAAAGGACUGGUCUGCAAACAUUUCGUAGAGAGCAUGAUAGGUUCUGGAUUCUUGUGUCCCAUCCUGAGAUGAAUCUUCUGGCAGCAGGCCAUGAUAGUGGUGUGAUUGUUUUCAAGUUGGAGAGAGAACGUCCUGCCUUCUCUGUCAGUGGGGAUUGUCUUUACUAUGUGAAAGACCGUUUUCUGCGCUUCUAUGAGUACUCAACUCAGAAAGAAACCCAAGUUAUCCCAAUUCGUAGGCCUGGUUCGACUAGCUUGAACCAAGGACCCAAGACCCUUUCUUAUAGCCCUACUGAAAAUGCGGUUUUGGUCUGUUCAGACUUGGAAGGGGGAUCUUAUGAACUCUAUAUAAUACCCAAAGACAGUUUUGGUAGAGGCGAUACAGUUCAAGAGGCAAAAAGAGGUCUUGGGGGUUCAGCAGUAUUUGUUGCUCGUAACAGGUUUGCUGUGCUUGAGAAGACCAGUAACCAAGUGUUGGUGAAAAAUUUAAAAAAUGAAAUAAUUAAGAAGAGUCCCCUUCCUGUUCCUACUGAUGCGAUAUUUUAUGCUGGCACUGGAAACUUACUAUGCAGGGCAGAAGAUAGAGUUGUGAUUUUUGAUCUUCAACAAAGGAUUAUUUUAGGUGAUCUUCAAACUUCUUUUGUUAGGUAUGUUGUUUGGUCAAAUGACAUGGAAAAUGUGGCCUUGUUAAGCAAACAUUCUAUUGUUAUUGCUGAUAAGAAGCUUGCACAUCGGUGUACUCUUCACGAGACGAUUCGAGUUAAAAGUGGAGCUUGGGAUGACAAUGGUGUCUUCAUUUACACAACAUUGACCCACAUUAAGUAUUGCCUUCCCAAUGGGGAUAGUGGAAUUGUAAAGACCCUUGACGUCCCAGUAUACAUCACAAAAAUCUUUGGAAACACUAUAUUUUGUUUGGAUCGAGAUGGGAAGAACCGUCCUAUCAUUAUUGAUUCAACUGAAUAUGUGUUUAAACUCUCUUUGCUGCGGGAGAAAUAUAGCCAGGUUAUGACCAUGAUUAGAAAAUCAGAUCUUUGCGGACAAGCUAUGAUUGCUUAUCUUCAGCAAAAGGGUUUUCCUGAAGUUGCACUUCAUUUUGUAAAGGAUGAGCGAACUCGUUUUAAUUUGGCACUCGAAAGCGGUAACAUCCAGAUAGCAGUAGCUUCUGCUAAAGAGAUUGAUGAGAAGGAUCACUGGUACAGAUUGGGGAUAGAGGCCCUUCGUCAAGGUAAUGCAGGUAUCGUGGAAUAUGCAUAUCAGAGAACAAAGAAUUUUGAAAGACUAUCUUUCCUCUAUCUUAUAACAGGAAAUUUGGAUAAGCUUUCAAAAAUGAUGAAAAUUGCUGAGGUUAAGAAUGAUGUUAUGGGUCAAUUCCACAAUGCCUUGUACUUGGGUGAUAUCCAGGAGCGUGUUAAGAUUUUGGAGAAUGCUGGUCAUUUACCCCUUGCAUAUAUCACAGCUUCUGUCCAUGGACUUAAUGACACUGCUGAACGUCUUGCUGCUGAAUUGGGAGAUAAAGUUCCUCCUUUGCCAAAAGGGAAACAAUCAUCUCUUUUAAUGCCCCCAAGUCCUAUAGUGUGCAGUGGUGAUUGGCCAUUAUUGAUGGUCACAAAAGGGAUCUUGGAGGGUGGUCUUGACAAUUUUGGAAAGGGUGGUCAGGAUGAAGAUGAUGAUGUUGCCCCAAAUGAAGAUUGGGUUGAAGACCUGGAUCUGGUGGAUGUUGAGAACAUACAGAAUGAGGACAUUAGCAUGGUACUUGAUGAUGAAGAAACAAAUGAAGACAAUGAUGGAGGAUGGGAUCUUGAGGAUCUUGAACUACCACCUGAUCUUGACACUCCGAAAGUUAGCAAUGUGCGCUCUUCAAUAUUCAUUACUCCAUCUGCUGGCAUGCCUGUGAGCCAAAUUUGGGUUCAAAAGUCUUCUCUUGCUGCUGAGCAUGCUGCUGCUGGUAAUUUCGACACUGCAAUGCGUUUGCUAACCCGGCAACUGGGAAUAAGGAACUUUGCACCCUUAAAAUCAUUAUUUAUUGAUCUCCACACCGGCAGCCAUACUUAUUUACGUGCAUUCUCCUCGGCUCCAGUCAUCGCACUGGCAAUCGAGAGGGGCUGGAGUGAAGCAGCAAGCCCCAAUGUACGGAGCCCACCUGCACUGGUGUUCAGCUUUACACAGUUGGAAGACAAGCUCAAGGCAGGAUACAAAGCCACAACUGCAGGGAAAUUUACUGAAGGACUGAGGCUUUUCCAGGGAAUUCUUCAUACUAUUCCGCUGAUUGUUGUUGAUACUCGUAGAGAGGUGGAUGAAGUAAAGGAAUUAAUCAUCAUUGUAAAAGAAUAUGUUCUCGGUUUACAGAUAGAACUCAAGAGAAGGGAAUUGAAGGACAAUCCAGUUCGUCAGCAAGAGCUUGCAGCCUACUUCACUCAUUGUAAUCUUCAGCUGCCUCACUUGAGACUCGCUUUAUUGAAUGCCAUGACUGUUUGCUACAAGGCAAAAAAUUUAAACACAGCAGCUAAUUUUGCUAGGCGACUCCUAGAGACCAAUCCAAGUGCUGAAAACCAAGCCAAAACAGCCCGCCAAGUUUUGCAGGCUGCUGAGAGGAACAUGCAUGAUGCCUCCCAGCUGAAUUAUGACUUCAGAAAUCCAUUUGUGGUAUGUGGAGCAACAUAUGUUCCAAUAUAUCGGGGACAAAAGGAUGUAAGUUGCCCGUACUGCAGCUCACGCUUUGUGCCAUCCCAGGAAGGGCAGAUUUGUACUGUUUGUGACCUAGCUGUUGUUGGUUCUGAUGCUUCUGGUUUACUCUGCUGUCCUUCACAAGUCAGAUAAUUUGAACUGCUGAAUAGUUACUGUUUCAUUGUCAUACCAUUAAACUUGCUGUUUCUGUCCUACAGGAAUUUUAAAGACCGGCUUGAGUUUAAGUUAGUAUGUGUUUUUAAAUUUAAUAUUUGUUUUGAGUUCAGCUUUUUAAUAUUUCUUCCUUCUCCCUCCCAUUCUUAGCUUUGGCAUUACAACUUUUAAUGUAAUAAACUAUGUAAGAAUUUUGUCAUGAGCGAUUCAUGUGAUUCGAGUCUCUAGUGGAUCCAGGUCAAGUUGAGACUUGUCACUGACACUGGAUCCUCCGACGAUGUAAUACUCAUAUGUUAUAGCAACUUUGAUUUUUUCAA